AUGUCGAGGCGUGCGCUCAACGCAAUUUCCUUAAAACAAAUUCGACCCACCUCCGGCUGUGCUUCGAGGCUCAUCUUCGACAAUGAAAGGAACGGCCAGGCGGAAGUCACCAACCGCGAAAUUCUUAGAGGGCUUUGCACUUGGCUCGACCAUGCUGGAGGAAGCUGGGUCGACGAACUCCCAAGUGUUCUGUGGGCAUAUCGCAUUACUCCUAGAGAGGUGACGGGCAUAACCCCAUUCCAACUAGUUUACGGGGGAGAGGCAGUCAUGCCAGUCGAAGGGGGAGUAGAGUCUAACCGGGUGUCACUCUACGAUGAGGAUAACGCCGAUUGGCGAUUGAUGGAGCUGGAUUUGGUAAAUGAAGCUCGGGAUAAAGCGGUUGUAUGGCUAACGGCGUACCAACAUCGUAUGAAGCAAAGUUACAAUCACUGA